AUGACAGGAUCCGGAAAGACGACAUUCAUUGCCAAUGCGACCGGGCGGACAGACCUAAAGAUUGGUCAUAAUCUUACUUCAUGCACACAAGAGAUACAAAUCAUCGAGACUGUACUCGACGGCCGUACGGUCCGCUUUGUUGAUACCCCGGGCUUCUCCGACACAUAUCUCUCGGAUACCGAGGUCCUGGAAAUGAUCGCAGACUACCUAUCGGCAGGGUACUCAAAGGAAAUGCGCCUCUCGGGCAUAAUAUAUCUUCAUCCGAUCUCAGAUAACCGUGUUACCCACCAUGCGACUAAAAAUCUCGACAUGUUUCGAAAACUAACUGGGGAGAAGAACCUCAAGAAUGUAAUACUGGCAACCAGCAUGUGGGACAAGGUUACCCCAGAGGAAGGCUUAAAUCGCGAGUUGGAGCUCAAGAACAAAUUCUGGAGCAUAUUCAUAGCAUUCGGCGCACAGUACUGUCGACAAAAUACGUCGGCCAAGUCCGCUAAACAAAUCGCAUCCAUGCUCAUGGACAACGAGCCUUUUUACCUUGAGCUACAGGAGGAGAUGGGAAAAGACAACAAGGCUCUCAAAGACACAGCAGCUGGGAGGGAGAUUAUGAGCCAACUCUCACUACUCAAGGAACAACAACAAAGAGAGCUUACUGAGAUGAAGGAGAUGCUUCUGCGGACCGCCGCUGAAGAGAACAAGGCUGCUUUGGCUGCACUCGAGGAGCACUAUAAGAAGAUGAUGUACGGCAUGGAAAAGACUAUAUCAGACGAGCGGCGGAUGAACGAAGAGGCGGCCAGGUCAAGUGACGAGAAGAUCAAGGAAUUGACGGAGAGAAUCCACAAGCUCGAGAAGAAAGGCUCAUGUGUUGUCAUGUAA